AGUUGGCGAAAUAAAAACACGGCACGAUUAACGAAGGCAACAUUGAUGGGCAACCAGCGGAAACUUUGACAGCAUGGCAGACGACGAAUGGGCAGAACUGGAGAAAUGUCGUCUCGAUUUGACAGACAAGGACAGCCCUGAUGGAUUGGACUUCUCUCUGCUGGAGCUUGGGUCUACUGGUCAGGUGACAGCCGUGCCGAGAAGCGACCCAAGCACUGGACCAGCACCACUCUCGACGUUGCCCAAUGGCUUGCCGCCAGUGCUCCAAGAUCUGAAAGUCAAGACACUUCAGUUUCUGGACCGACCGGAGAAACUCCCCAUCCACGAUGUCAAAGCGGCUCAAAGGUUUUGGCCUCGUAAGGCAGACCCAUGCAGUCUGUACAAGGUCCCAUCAUGCCCUGUGCAGACCACUUUGCAGGUUGAACGACACCCGACAACGGGAGAGCUGACUGGAUUUAGGGAGGUCCAAAUGGAGGGUACAGCCUCAACGGCUAAAAACUCUCUGUCCCUCCGACGCCAACCAGGCCCACCCACCCAGUCGGUGCGUGGUAGCUCCACAAACUUCCCCUUCUGGCCUGGUGGGAUAGACGAGCCGUCGGCAGAGACCAUUCACGCCAGGGGGGAGGACGACGAGGACAUUGACUUUGAGAAUGAUCUCCUCUCCAUGCCACCGGGUCUGACCAAUGGCAUGGCAUUCGAGAGCAAGCCGACCAUUGUCAAAACAGACACACCCGACCGGUCGACGCCCAACGAAACAGCGCCCUCUAAGCCGGCGUCCCACAUCCUGAAAUUGACAGACCUCAUGAUCAUUGACGAUGGCGAUGAGUAUGCGUUCUCUGACAAGGAGGAUGACGACUCGGACGAGUAUGACGAUGGGGACGCAUCGGAGGUGGGCGGAGAUUCCAGAAAAGAGGCGGAUGAAGUCAACAAGGAAGCAGCCGAGAGUUUAGACAAAAUGUUGCCAAAGGAGAUGAUGGUUACCAGGCAACCAAAGAAGGAGGGGGCGGAGCUCACUAAGGAGCAGUGGGCAGUCAACGUGGACAUCUCCCACCCGGUGAGCGACUUCCAUAGACUGGUACCGGCCCCUGCCAAAGAGUGGCCGUUUCAGCUGGAUGUGUUUCAGAAGCAGGCGGUCAUCCAUUUGGAGAACCACGACUGCGUGUUUGUCGCCGCGCAUACUUCAGCUGGUAAAACGGUGGUCGCCGAGUACGCCAUCGCGCUGUCGCUCAAGCAUCUGACAAAAACGGUCUACACAUCACCCAUCAAGGCCCUGUCCAAUCAGAAGUUUCGGGAUUUCAAGGAAACCUUCGGCGGGGACGUGGGUCUGCUGACCGGAGACGUCCAGAUCAAAACGGACUCGUCUUGUCUCAUCAUGACGACGGAGAUUUUGAGGUCGAUGUUGUACAACGGAUCAGAUAUCAUACGUGACUUGGAAUGGGUGAUCUUUGAUGAAGUUCAUUACAUCAAUGAUUCAGAGAGAGGUGUUGUAUGGGAAGAAGUUCUGAUCAUGCUGCCUGCCCACGUUAAGAUAAUCCUGCUCAGCGCCACAGUGCCCAACACGCUGGAAUUUGCCGAUUGGGUAGGACGCAUUAAGAGGAAGAAGAUUUACGUCAUCAGUACCUUGAAGCGACCAGUCCCAUUGGAACAUUUUCUGUACACUGGAAACAGCACCAAGACCAACAACGAACUGUUUCUUAUCGUAGAUUCCACAAAGAAAUUCUUAACCUCGGGGUACCAUAAAGCAGUUGAUGCUAAGAAGGAACGAGAGAGCAAAGCGUCUUCGUCUCAUGGAGCCAAGGGACCGAGACAGUGGCCUCACAAAGGGGACAAAGGCGUGUAUUUGUCCAUCAUUGAAAUGCUACGCAAGAGGGAGCAGCUUCCCGUGGUGGCGUUCACGUUCUCCAAGAAGCGUUGUGACGAGAACGCAACGAUGCUGACGACGCUUGACCUGACGACGACCAACGAGAAGAGCGAAAUCCACGUCUUCAUGCAGAAGUGCGUGGAGCGGUUGAAGGGAACCGACCGCAUGCUUCCACAGGUUCUUCACAUGCGUGACUUGUUGAAGCGGGGUAUCGCCGUCCAUCACAGCGGCAUCUUACCCAUCUUGAAGGAAAUGAUUGAAAUGCUGUUCCAACGAGGCCUUGUCAAAUUACUGUUCGCAACAGAGACCUUCGCCAUGGGUGUCAACAUGCCUGCCAGGACGGUCAUCUUCGACUCCAUCCGUAAGUUUGACGGCACCGGUCAGCGUACCUUACUGGCCGGAGAGUACGUACAGAUGGCUGGCCGGGCAGGCCGGCGUGGCCUGGACACCACAGGAAUGGUCAUCAUACUCUGUAAAGGUGACGUACCUGAGUCUGCCGAGCUGCACAAGAUGAUGUUGGGUAAACCCACCCAGCUGGAGUCCCAGUUCCGGCUGACAUACACCAUGAUCCUCAACCUGCUCUGCGUGGAGGAGCUGCGAGUCGAAGACAUGAUGAAGCGCAGCUUCUCGGAGUCCAGCACCCGGAAAGACGCCAAGGAGUAUGAGGCCAAGCUCCGAGUCAUCCAGGAGGAGAUGAGCAACGUCCAGACGCUGAACUGCUAUCUGUGCCACGAGGAUCUGGACCAGUACUACCAGACCUGCAAGCAGCUGCAAGGUCUCAGGCUAGAACUCAGGAAAAUGAUAGCAUCUCAUCCCUUGGGAGUGAAGGCCCUUUCGCCAGGACGCGUUGUUAUUGUCUCCACCAAGGAGCAUCGCAACGCCCUGGGUGUCGUCCUCAGUUCCUCCACAGCAAGCAAAGAGAGAACAUUCAAAACCUUAGUCCUGACCAAUCACGCCGACCCAGGGGGUGCGGGCAUGCAAAACGGAACAGCUGACCCAGGCGGGGGUCACCGUGUACACGUGCAGCCCCUGCGUAAAGAGCCGCUAUUCCGGCCGGAGGGGCCCUGCGGCCACACGGUCUUGGAUCUCGUCGGGCAGGAGAUCGGAACCGUCACCACGGUCGCCAUCAAGAUCGCCAGCGACCGGAUUGCGGAGGAUUUCAAGAAGAGACAGAUACCGAGAUUCAGGGACAACCCGCCCAGCCAGUCCACCAGCCUAGCCACUCAGGAGCUGUUACGGAUCACGGAGGCCAACCCUGAGGGUCUGACGUCCCUGGAUCCCGUCAAGGACCUGCAUCUACGAGAGCUGGACCAAGUGGAGAAGUUCCAAGAGAGGGACACGCUGGAGUCUCUCCUGGACCAGUUUGGUUGUCUUAACUGCCCUAACUUCCUGGAACAUUUUGGCGUGAUGUGUCACCGCAUGAAGCUGAAGGAAGACUUCAAUCAUCUACGCUUCCUGCUGUCCGACCAAAGCCUUCAUCUACUCCCAGAAUACCAUCAAAGAAUACAGGUGCUACGGCACUUGCGUCACAUCGACGGUGCCAACACCAUCCAGCUGAAGGGUCGCGUGGCCCGUGUGAUCAGCAACCACGAGCUGAUCAUCACGGAGCUGGUGUUUCAGGGUCUCCUGACGGGCCUGCCCCCGGAGGAAAUCGCGGCCCUGCUGUCCUGCAUGGUGUUCCAGGAGAAACGCUGCAGCGAGCCCGAGCUUACGCCAUCCUUAAAAGAGGGAGUGGGCAAGAUCAAGGCCGAGGCCAAACGCUUGGCAGAGAUCCAACACGAGUGCGGCAUCAAUCUAUCCGUACAAGACUACGUUGAGCAGUUUCGCUUUGGUCUGACGCAGGUCGUGUACGAAUGGGCCCGAGGAAUGCCGUUCGCCGACAUCACAAACCUGACGGACGUGUCAGAGGGAAUCAUCGUCCGCACCAUCCAGCGAUUGGACGAGGUCUGUCGCGACGUCCGCAGUGCGGCCCGCAUCGUCGGCGACCCGAGUCUCUUCCAGAAGAUGGACGAAGCCUCGCAACUCAUCAAGCGAGACAUUGUGUUUGCGGCCAGCCUCUACACCCAAUAGCAAUCGCAACCCUAUAGCAAUUGCAUCCCUGUAGCGAUCGCCACCCUAUAGCAAUCGCAACUCUAUUGCAAUCACAACCCUAUAGCAAUUGCAACCCUAUUGCAAUUGCAACCCCAUAUAGCAAUUGCAACCCUAUAGCAAUGGCAAUCCUAUAGCAAUGGCAACCCUAUAGCAAUGGCAACCCUUUAGCAAUGGCAACCCUAUAGCAAUUGCAGCCCUAUAGCAAUUGCAACCCUACAAUCUAAGAUGUGGUUAUUCUUGGUCUAAGACCAGACGUGGAUUUUAUUCCCAUAACACAGCCCGACACGUCUUCAAGAGGAAUCAAAUUGGGUCUUGAGAACUUUGGCAAUGCUACCCAGGAAAUUCCGAGCAUACUUUACGCCCUUACAUUAGCUUGGCUACAGUGUGCAUGAGGUAUGCUCGGAAUGUUCUGCACCACAGUGACUUCAGCGUGUAAGGGAACGACUGUAUUAGGCCUUGUAGGCUUAAAAGCUACCGACUGACUUACUGACCGAGUCACUGAAUAUGAUUAAUAAUAAUAAUAUUAAUAAUACCCGAGUCAUAUAUAGUGCACGUACAAUUAGGUACUCAAGGCGCUGGAAAUUAUGUGUAUUAUUAGAGACAGGUAAAUGAAGUUAAUGAGAAGUAUGAGACCCAUUAUGUAGCACCUUAUAAUGGUUUACAAGAUGCUGCGGCGCAUAUUGCAGCCACUGCCAGAAACACCGGGGCAAACCCUCUCUCUUAGUGAUUAGUGUUACUGGGCUCUAAUAACGUGCAUAACACAACGCACGGGACCUACAGCUUUACAUCCCAUCCGAAGGACGAAGCAAUAAUGGUAAAGUGCUUGCUCAAGAGCACAAGCACCAUGUUCCUACGGUCAAGAUUCAAACCCAUGUUCACUGCACACGAGUCGAAUACCAUAGCAAUUAUCACAUAACCAUAGAAUUUUGAGUCAAGCUUACAAGGCCAACCUAGUCUUGUUAAUCUAGAAUCAUGUGGAUUUUUUUUAAUAGUCCUGUAAUCUGAAGGCAAAUUUAGUAGUUUUUUUUAUUUGGUUGGAACAUCUGAAUCCUACAGAAUGUUCCAGGGCGUGAAACUUUGUCCACUCAGGAGAAAAAGAAAAACCCAGAUUAUUUGUAGAAGACCCUGUGGCCAAAAUUGAAUUAUUAUUCAAUGAAAUUUGUGUACUGUGUAUGAAUUUCUUUAAGAACCAUAUACAUGUCGAUUCUUUGUUUUAAGUUCAAAAUAUAAUGAUUUUUUUAAUGUUAUUUCUAUCAAAUUCCAAAACCGGCAAUGGCCCGGUUUGGGAAUGUGUCACUUUAUAAUAGACGCGCAUGCGCAUCGAUCGAAACAAAGCCGGCCUUCCGAGAACUUUCAGGAAGAGUGCAUUAUUAUGACCACAGCAUGGCAUUUGGUUGUUUGUGGUCAAAUAAUUUUGGUCAAUUUUCGGGGACAGACAGACCAACCGACCGACCGACCACCAAGUAACUUGUAGAAGUUCCUGCCAGAGCGUAAAAGAAAAAAAUUUUAUUUGUGGAAGACCCUGUUGCCAAAAUUGAAUCAUUGUUCAACGAAAUUUGUGUACUGUGUAUGAAUUUCAUUUUUAGAACCAUAUACAUGUACAUGUAUAUACAUGUAGAUUCUUUGUUUUAAGUUUCAAAAUAUAAUGAAUUUGUUUAUGUUAUUUCUAUCAAAUUAUAAGUGGGUCUUUGGGUGUCGGAUUUCGGACUGCCCGUUUAUUGUGGCUGUUCACACAGGGAUUACCCAAUGGUGGGUAGCAGGGCGGCGCAGUGCGUAAAGCGCUCGCCUCUCACUGCUGUGGCCCAGGUUCGAUUCCCAACUCGAUCAGAUGUGAGUAGAGUUGUUUGUUGAUUCUCUAUUGUGCCACGAGGGUUCUUCUAUGGGCCCUCCGGUUUUCCCCCUUCCACAACCUAUCUAGCUGUACUCCAGUGGUCAUAUGGCGGCAACCCAAGGUGCCUUACAUGACUUUGGCUCGACCACGUUGUAGCUGCGUCCUUCACUAUUCAGCAUCUGCUGCAAGUAAGGACUACUAGCUGCCCAAAAUUGAUUUAUCUGAUGAAAUACUUAAACCAUCCUUGAUCCUUAACUUUUUUUCUGCUAUGAAAUCCGAAAUGUAAUUAUAGAGUAGCCAUUGAUGCUAGUAUGUGCCGACAAUGUUCUUCUUGUACAAGGAGUAUCUUACAGUUUAAGGAUUAAUUUAAUUAGAAUGAAAUAUUUAUCGGUAAAGGGUGCAUCUAAUGUGCCAAUUUAAUAUCAAGAAGUUUUAAGGGAAUACAGAAGGAACUUACUUAAAUAGUCAUGAAAUGACAUUCGCUGUAAAAUGUAAUGAACAUCAGGCAGAUAAAAUAAAAACCAAAAGAACAAUA